AUGCUGGUGACUGGUGACAUUUUCUGCUCAAUGUCCAUUGCCAAUCCCAAGCAACGUGAACUGUACUACUUAGUUAAUGGGAGACUUUCAAAAUCUGAAGACAAUCGUGGUCGAAGGAAGCUGCUAUAUGAAGGAAUCCUGCUCGCACUGUGGAUACAAGACAUGUCUAUGAGAUGGCGCCGGCCUUCCCCACUGCCUCCGCAUAGCAUUACUAUUAGCACUGAGACACUUGGUGAAGUUGUUCUCUCUUCCUUUGCAUUUUCGACACCCUUCUAUCUCCUUCUUCGUGUUAUGGACCUCAGCAAUAGUCCAGACAAAGGAUCCGAUGCAAACACUAUAGGCAGUCAGCUUCAGUCACCGCCGUCUAGUCCCAAUGCCGAACAGACGUCAAGCACGAUGUUUCCCUCCGCGAGCGAUAUCGGUAUUCGUGGGGGACAGUUCAACGCAGCGCAGACGAUAAUCAACACGACCAACAACUAUCACUACGCAGACUCGGAUCCGUCGCUAACCAGUUCUGGAGCGGUGCCUGUGGGAGCAGCAACCUCUCUUCCAGCGCCCGGAGGGAAUAAACUACAGCGCCAGGAACACAGAACGACUAUGGAAGACAUUCAAAGUCGGCCGAGGCUUAAUCCUUUGCCCGUUCAGAGAAGUUGCGAAAUUUACUACAGAAAUCUUGCAACCCAAGGGCGGGGCUCUCCCUUAUGGAUACCAGAAUCUAACAAUCGACUGCCAAUUGAUUAUCAACGAAAAGGCAUUGCCAUAGGCGACGUAGGAAUCUUGACCCCGUCUGGUGCAUUUGACUUUCUGUUCAACAUCUGUCUACCACCCGAUCAUAUCUUCAACGAGGACAGAACCCCCCCAGGAUUUUCACCCCUUGACCCUCCUUUGAAGGACAUUGACGUCCAUGGAUAUACUGAGUUCAAGGCCGACAGCUAUUUGACAAGCUCGUCAAUUGAGAAAUCGUACCGAGAUGAUAACCGUCCUGGUUUAACAUUCGAAUCCUCAGCUUCAGAGGGUGCCAUUUUGACUAUGCCUCACGGAGCGCAAUCAGAGAAUCUCGGCAACGUCUCAAGAUUUAGGAAAUAUAUGGCCGACAACCAAGAGUCCUGGUACGAACAUGUAAAUGGAGAGCUAGGACGGGAGGCGCAGAAUGGUGACAUCCGUCUCGUCAUUGGGUGCGAUAAGUCUGUGUCUUGGGGUAUGGCGAUCUUUGCAAAUGUGCGACAACAGAAUGGUUUUCGCCUCAAUUUCAGACCUGUCGGGGAAACCAUAGUAGGACGCACUUACGGGUGGGAGUACACUGGGAUGGCGCAAGUGAAAGCAGGGCCUGACCUGCAAGACAUUCGGGAACUGAAUGAUGACGAAUCAGGAGAGAUCACCAUUUAUAGGAACCAAUGUCUCUUCGUCCGCACCUUGAAUGCUACGCUUCAUGAAGAAGCAUGGGAACGACUAGACUCUGCUUCUACUGUUCCAGAGUCAGUCAAGCUCGGUAGGCCCGCGCGACCGCCUUUUGGUCCCGCACAGUUUCCUGUGGCAACUAUGAACAAUUCCUCCAAGACGCCAACGGGCAGCCAGGUUGCUACAGGUAGCCAAAUGGGAAUAGAAACCUCCGAGACUUCCAGGAUACUCCCCUUGCCCAUCACCUCCCAUCCCUCAAGCCUCCUCAACUCGGUCUUAUUGCAACAGAGACCUAAUGCCAAAAUUGCCAUCACAGAAGACAAGGACUGGAUUUCCAUCCUUCGCAAGGGUGAGACAGCUCUACCUGAUUCUCAGGAAUUCAUCCGCCGAGUUCUCGAAAUGAACGAGGUUCAGGAGACAGAUGGAGUAGUCUUUCUUGAGCCCAAAGUGCCGAAGACCACAGAACCAGUUACUCAAGAACAGAAGAAGCCCGUCGCCUCGUCUCUCCCAUCAUCUCCACCUACCAGAAUGUCAACUGUGGCAGAAAACCCGACGAAAGUCCAAAUUGCAGCGAAGUCCAACCCUGGAGCCACGCUUCCACCUUCCAUUGCGUCAGAGGUCACGAAAAAUGCAUCCAUUUCGUUGUCCUCACAUUCAGCUGUAAGACCGAAUCCGACCUCACCGGCCUCACUCCAUCAGGUUCAUUCGCCACAAGGCGGAAUCUUCAACACGACCGUAUCACCGACCUGGGCACCAACAACAUCCAAGUCGCUGUCCGCGGAACAGCCUGCUCCUCUUCCAUCAUCGCAGACCGCUUCCUCCUUGAAUACAGCAGUUAUUAAUUGGUCAUCGCCGACCGUUAGUGGUCCCACCGCCACUUCCUCCAGAAUACCCGCAGAAGCACUCGCGCUGAGUCCGAGUUCGACGCAGACCGCGAGCAGUCCGGUUCUUGUUCCACUACCGAGGAUCGCGCCCCAGUCCGACAACAUUCUUUUGUGGACAAAUCAAGACUCACGCGAGAGUAUUCUUUUCAAUUUUUAUGGAAUAGCCUAUCGCUUCCAGACAUCGGUGUUGCAGGGUCAUCCGGCUAUAACGACAAUGUGGCGCACUAUCCGAUUAAAUAAGGAAGAUCGUAUCGCCAGACUAGAAUGGGCGCCAAAUGGCGGACUUGGCCGUGUUGUGGUUGGCAAGAAUACGCUAGGGAUGGCUGAUCUUUUGAAAGCAGAUCUCGGAAACCCCGGCAUGAGGUACUUUAGUGGCCCUGAUGGAUGUCGUUACUAUUGGCGCCAUCCGCAGAGCUCAAUGCCCAACCUUUCGAUGUAUGACACGAUGGGCAACGUUGUCGCUUUUUUCAGGCAAACCCGUCAAGUACGCUACCAGAUGGGUGAUGUUUACGGAGAGCUCCACCUAAUACCGGUCUCCUCUGGAUCUACGGUGCCAAUGAUGGACAUGAUCGUACUCACGGCCAUGUUGAAUCGAGUUUGCGCGGCGUUCAACCUCUGA